UGAGGUUAUGUUUUAAACUACAAUUUGGACAAAUUUUACUAAACACGGAAACACGAAUUUUCAAUUAGGUAGCCUAUAAAAUUGAAGUAAAAUGGCUGAUGACAAGGACAAGGAUACAAUCGUUCAAGAAUUUCAGUUGGAUCCCGAUGCAGAACUCAGAUUCGAAGUUGAGAACAAAAAUGAGACAGUAGUGAUAGAGGUUAAAAGUGGAAUGGCUGAAAUAUUUGGAACUGAACUGGUCAAAGGCAAGUCAUACACAUUCCAUACUGGGGCCAAAGUAGCAGUCUUCACUUAUCAAGGUUGUAAUAUAGAGCUCAGAGGAAGGAAAAAUAUCAGUUAUAUUGCCAAAGAGACUCCUAUGAUGUUCUACCUGAACUGUCACGCAUGUCUGGAGCAGUUGCGUAUCAAGGCGGAGGCAGACUCUGGGCGUGGACCCGUCACACUAGUAGUCGGGCCUGUAGACGUGGGCAAGUCUACAGUCACCAAGAUACUGCUAAACUACGCAGCCAGGAUGGGCCGACGACCCAUAUACGUAGACCUUGACGUGGGGCAGGGAGGCAUCUCCAUUCCCGGCACUAUUGGUGCUGUGAUGGUGGAGCGACCUGCCUCAGUAGAUGAAGGGUUUUCUCAACAAGCUCCUCUCGUCUACCACUACGGGCACAAGAGUCUCAACCUUAAUCUUACUCUGUUCAACACACUUGUCUCACGCAUGGCGGAAGUAAUCCACGAACGAAUGGCAGCUAACAAGAAAGCUAAUGCCUCUGGUAUCAUUAUCAACACCUGUGGUUGGAUCAAGAACGAUGGCUACAAGCAUCUGAUGCACGCAGCACAGGCGUUUGAGGUAGACGUGAUUCUGGUGUUGGAUCAGGAACGACUUUACAACGAGCUUGUCCGAGACAUGCCCAACUUCGUCAAAGUAGUUUUGUUGCCUAAGAGUGGCGGGGUUGUAGAAAGGUUACAAAGUUACCGGAUAGAAGCAAGAGACAUGAGGACGAGAGAAUAUUUCUACGGAGCAAGGACGCCACUACACCCACACUCCUUUGACGUCAAGUGGGCAGAUCUCAAGAUAUACAAGGUUGGCGCCCCUGCCCUGCCUGAUAGCUGCAUGCCGCUUGGUAUGAGGGCGGAGGACAAUAUGACAAAGCUAGUAGCAGUGUCUCCAGGUCCUAACCUUUUGCAUCACAUUUUGGCAAUCACUUUUGCAAACAGCAUUGAAGAUGAUGUGAUUCAAACAAAUGUAGCUGGCUUCAUAUGUGUGACAAACGUAGAUGUCGAUCGUCAGACAGUGACAGUGUUAUCGCCCCAGCCAAGACCAUUGCCGGACACUAUCUAUCUUCUGUCUGAGAUACAAUUUAUGGACAGCCACUAAAAAAAACUACCAUUUCAUAGAGACUAUUGUCUGAUUUCUGUAUUUUCUGUUUGUGUCAACAAGAUUGAGCAAUUGUCUAUUUUGUGGGAUAUUUUAUGUAAAGUAAUAAAAUUUUUACAUCAUGAUCCACAAUGAAAUUAACAUUGUACAUAUUGAGACACUCAGGAAUUAGGUAUGAUUAAUUUUGUACCUUUACAAAAAAUAAAACUUAAUUGUAAUUUUGUAA